CGGAGCAUUGCUGAAUCUGCUGCGCGUCCUGCAGGCUCGCUGCCAAAAUUCAAAUGCUUACAAUGGCUUUUCCCCUAUAAAGUUGACGGAGCUCAAUGUGGGGCAAUGGCAGCGAGUAGGAUACUGUCAACUUCUUCGUCUUCGAGUGAAGUUUCUUCAGAACUUUCUGAGGACUCUGAGAGCUCAGCAAGCGAUGCAGGAAGGCCGAGUCAAAGGCACGAGCAGGCCAGCAUUCGGCAGGCUAGCAGCAAACUAGCUGCAAGUGCCAGAAUUUUUCCCAGGCAGGAAAAGUCAAAGUCUGCUGAGUUUUUAGGGGCAGCAGUUGAUAAGACUUUGUUGGCCAGCACCGUCCCCACAACUCUUUUCCACAGAUCAGACAGAGUUGCAAGUGAACGUGAGAGGGGCCACCGCUCAACUUUGGAACCAUGUGAGCGCGAAACAAAGUCCACUGUGAACCACAAUCCAACAGAGGAGUGGCUCCAGGCGGACAUCAACAGCAGGAUUGAGAAGCUGGGGCCACUGCCAAAGCACCAAAGAAAGGGUCCCGGGCACAGUUCUUGCCUUGCAGCGGGCAAUGCGCAAGUUCUCAAUGAAAGAGCUAAUGGUGACCCUCAACCCAGGGGUGAGAGCAGACAUCGUAAUGGGGUCAGAAGAAAGGAUCCUUCUGCGGUCAGUAGUUUGCGACAUCACCGCACAGGUGGUGGUGAUAAAGAAAGCAUGGAUAAAAGGCCUGCCGAUCAAGCUAAAUACGCUCGGAGUAAAAUAGAUGAUAGGAAGGAGGGGCAGCCGCGAGGUGCUGAUGCGGAGACUCAAGUGGAGCUUAAACAAAGAGGCGAAGAGGUGAUUGCUCCAGAAGGCAGGCGUGCCGACUCCAAAUCAAAGUGGAAAAGUGUAACAGAGGAGAGCCGAAGUUCCGGAGAAGCUGUAUUUCUUCUGGCUCGUGAGAGGGCCCUCAGGCGAGCGGAAGCAAAGUCGAAAGCUGAUGGGAACUCGCAAGAGAGUUGGGGGUUUAAGGGGACCGGGGUUUCCUCAAGGUUGAAGCCGUCUGAGGACAAGAAGGGAUACCACUUGACUUUGGAGGAAAAUUCAAAGAGUAAACAGCGACACCUGAGUGCCCCUCCUGAGCGGAAGGACGGGAGAGUUGAGAAGAAGGCGGUGCACAAGCAGGAAGCCAAGCCGAAGAGUGCUCUUUAUGAGGGAGCCAGGGAAGCGGGGAAGCUGCCAGCUAGCACGAGGGAUGGGAGUCAGUUGGAUGGGAAGCCACAAGUAUCUGAUCGGCGACGCAUCGGGGCGCCCGAGCAGCAAGAACACGUGCGAGAAAGGAUGGAAAGAAGUGGGGAAAAGGAUUUGCGCAGUGGCAGGCAAAGUGAGAAGCCCAGGGAGGAAGCGGCAAGAGCGAGACAUACAAGUGCAGCGAGACCUCAGGACGAAAACAGGGAAAGAGUGGCCGGCAGGAGAGCGUCGCCAGCAUCAGCGGCAGGGGUGAGAAGCGACCCUGAACUGGAAGGACGCUCUGAGGACAGAGUGGGCAGUGUGAGAGAUGGAGAAGGAGCAAAGGAAGUGGAGGGGAGAAGUUUUGGGAGAGGUGAACAAGCAGUGGGGGGGGAGCCAUGGAAAGCCUCAGGAAGCAGGGACGAGAAGGUGGAGGCACGCAAGGCACGCUGGGAGGCAACACGGCAGGAGAAGCUGGCCCAGGUCGGUCUAGCAGCACCCCUCAAGAGGGCGUCCCCGACUGCCGCAGCCAAUCAGCCCCCCGAGAAGCGGAGGAGGGACGCAGCCAGGGGUCUGGCAGACGAAAGGAGCGCAAGUCUGGGGCAGGAGGCCAGGAAAGAUAUAGCGGGUCAGCCCGCGAUAUCCGACAGCGAGCAUGGGAGGGGGAGCUUGUCUCAAGGGGCCGCGAGGCAUAGUGGAGCAGGACGGGGGGAGAGACCGGGCGAGCAGUCGGUGCGGUCGAAGGAUCACGACCAACCGCCCAAAACGAUCUCAGAGAGACGAGAGAGAGAGCCCAGCGUCAGCCAACGGGCGCCUGAGGUGGAGUCCGGGCGACAAAAGACAGUUGUUAAAGCAGGAGACAGUGGUGUCACCGCAGGGCCGAGCGGCAAGCAGGCCAGCAGCAGGGAAAAGGCGGCGGCAAGCGCUGCGAGCUUGCCUGCGGACGCGGAGUGGUGCUACGAGGGUCGCAGCAAGAAGAUGAGCGGGCCGUACCCGCUGGACCUGCUGAUGGACGGGCUGGAGAGCGGCAAGCUGAAGCCGCACCUGCAAGUGUACAAGAAGAAGAGGGACGGCUUCUGGCCUCCCGUCAGGUUGCAAGACCUGCUGGACGGGAAAGUCGACCUGGAAGCCAUGGAGGAGCCCAAGGAGGAAGAGGGAAAACCGGAGACGAGCCGGGGGGGUGUGCCCCCUCACAGCAAGAGCUCAUCUGCCUUAACGGGUUUAAGAGCAGCUGGGGCAGUGACCGAAGCAGCAGAGAUGCUGGAGCGAGGAUCAGCAGCGAAGGAGGCCGUUGGCUCAGAUCGGUCAGCAAAAGGAGGAGAGCGGCAAGAGGUCACGCAAGGGGGGGCGGAGUUGCGUCUUGGGGUAGAGCGAAACAUCAAGGCGGAGGUGAAGAUAGUGCCUUCUAGCAAACAUACGGUCAGAGAAGGGGGGGCAUCAGAAAGUGACGGUGCCGAGAAUCGUGGCAAGGUGCGGGUGGACUUCAAGAGGCCGGGGCAGGGCCUGAAGAAGGCUCCGCUGCUGUCUGCGUUUGCGCAGGAGGAUGAGCUCGCACCUUCACUGCUGAAGGAGGAGGACCCGGUCAAGCUGAGGCAGCAGCCAGACCUAACUGAGAGUGUCUCCAAAGACAGACAUGGGGCGAGGGGAGUGUCGGCCACCGCUUUGCCGCUGUCAUCUGGAGAGGCUGGGGCUGCUUUUCGUCAGAAGGACUCCCUGCAGGAAGGCGCGUCCCACAAGGUCGUAGGGAAGCCCGUUCGGUGGGGGACUGCCAAGGACGAGCGUCCUCCUCGAGAAAGACAGCAACCAGAGGUUCCACGGGCGGCGAAGGUGCCGGGUGAAACCUCCAGGGGAAAGAGAGGGGGAGCAACGGAAGCGAAGCUAGAACCGCGGGAGUCGCCGGCGGAGGUCGAACAUCCGCCGGCCGCAAAAGAUCCCUCUGUCCGAGCGGGCAAAGACGGCCAGGCAGCCACAAACGUUUCAACGAGCGCCGUAAAAAGCACGGCCGCAGCAAAGCCGAAGGUGGCAGUGCCGGCAAGUGGUGCUCGAGAUGCGGACACCUCGGUAAAGCUGCCCGUCCCUGUACAGAUGACGGCGGCCGCCGCUCUCGGAUCCCCGCCGGGACACCUUGCCCACUUGCGCCAGGAGGCAGCCGCCUUCGCUGCCGCUCGCGCCGCCCAAGCCCCCAGCCACGCCCCCUCCGGAGCUCUUCCGCCAGCACAGGGUGGUCCCUGGGGCUCAAACCCCCAGUCGUUGCCCCAGCGCUGGUCGGGCCCCCAGCCAGAGUGGCACGGCGCCCAAGGCCCCUAUCAACAACCACAGCUUCACUGGCAGAACCAGGCCGCCCCUCUGGGGCAGCAUGCGGCACGCCCGGCGUGGGCCCCAUCCUCGCAGCCUGCGCCGCAGGGGGGUGCGGUCCCGCACUGGGGGCCGGAGCCUCGUCAGCAACCUGCGGGGACGGGUGGGGCCCCGCUGCAGCCAGGGGGGAUGACACAAGAGCAGUUAGAGGCGGCGGCCGUGUGGCGGUACCAGGGGGCGGACGGCCGCGCGGCGGGGCCUUUCAUGCUGCAGCACUUGCGCAUCUGGCUGGAGCAGGGCAACCUGUACCCCCACCUAGAGAUGCUCCAUGCGGACGGCUGGAUGCCCCCGUGCCCCCUGCAGUCCCUCAUCUCCGCCGCCGACUCGGGCCAGUUGCUCACACUUCUCAACCACCGCGGCUCUCCUCUCCCCACAACCCCGCCCGCACAACUCCCCGUAGCCAGUCAUGCGCCCCAAGACGCCGCAGCACCGGAGGACGAAGCAGCAGAGAGCGACGGUCCGUCAACACCCAAAAUGGCGACGCUGUACCCCGGCCGGCUGAUGGCGCAGCCGCUGGAGCUCCCGGACACGCCCGCGCCGCAGCGGAGGGAGGCGGUGGCGGCGCAAACGGUGGCGCUGGGCAUUGUGCGCGAGAAGCUGGCGGAGAUGGUGAAGCGCACGGUGCAGAACAAGCUGGUGGGCGUGCUGCUCAACAGCGGGCUGGACGCGUGGCUGCAGCGCAGGGCGCAGCAAGAGGAGGAGAGGCGCGUGCGGGAGCAGGAAGAGAGGCGCGCACGGGAAGAGGAGGAGCGGCGCAGGCGGGAAGAGGAGGAGCGGCGACGGGGGAGUCUUCACCCGCAGGUUACGAACACAAAUCGGGAGAGAUCCGAGCAGGAGGGGCAGCCCAGAAGUACUGCGGAGGGCGGUGGUGCGGCCGCCUCUAGAGGUGACGUCAGCGGUGGGGAGGAUGACGACAUGGAGGUGGUCGUCCAAGAUUCAGACGGCGAGGCCAUCGAGAUGACGGACGAAGAGCGCGCGGCUGCGGCUAGGGCGCGGCGCGCCAGUGGACUGGCAGCAGGGGAUCUGCGGCUGACGACGCGGCAGAACGUGGGCGAGGAGGAAACGGAGCCGAGUGUAGAGACGGGGCGAAGACCUGGGAGCGGGUUGGCGAAGCAGAAGGUGGAGUUGCGACAGAAUGGGUCUGAGGAGGGAGCGGCAGACGGGGAGAACGAGGUGACGGCCAUCGAGGAGGAGUGGGCGCGGCAGGCGCUGGAAAAGCACCGGGCAGAGCAGAGGAAGAACGAGGAAACGAAGAGAAAGCGGGAGGCGGAAAGUGCGAUGCGGCAGGAGAACGGGGGGAAGCGCGGCAGUGAAGAGGAGUCGGCGAAAGAGGCGCGGGGAGCGUCACACAGCCGGAAGGGUUCGGCUCUGAGAUCAAACGAGGGGGAAAAUGAGCCGUCCGAAGCUACUGGAGUGAGAGAAGGGGAGUUGAUUGCGGCUGGUGAUCGGAGCGAGGAAGGGCGUGCACACGAAGUCGAGAAUGCGAGCGGUGAAGCACGGUUGGGUGGCAAAGACGACGAACGGGGUGCACAGGAGACUGAGCACACAGGGCGGGAGAGCGGGGCAGCGGAAGGGGGCAAGAAGGGGAAAGGCACGAAUAAGGGGGCCAAGGGUAAGUUUAGGAAUGUGACGGAGGUGUAUGGGAGCGACGAGAGGGAGGGUGGAGGCAGAGAGGAGCCAGGCGACACGUCAGCGAACGAAGGGGACGCGAAUGCUGACGAGGAACCAGGCACAGCGGCGGGAGGUGAAGUGAAGAAGGAGAAGAAGGUUGGCCGGCCGAAGAAGGGGGGUGGCAAAGAGAAAAGGGUGCUCCCUGAUGAGGAGAGGCGGGCGAAGCAAAUCGCACAGCUGAAGGCGGCUCGUGAAAGCAAGGCGCAAAAGAAGAAAGCGAAGGAAGCGGCGGCAGGCGCACACGAGAAGAGAGGGCGAGAGAACGGACAUGUCGGAGAAGAGUCGGGGGAGCCGGCAAGCAGGAAACGAAGGAGAGCGGAUGCAGACGAGGCCUUCGACUCGCCGGAGCAUUUACUCGUUCAGUCCACAGCGGAAGAGCAGACCGGCAUGGCGUUUGAGGAUGUGGGGUUGACGUCAGCCUUGCCAGGGACCUCGGGGAAGAGGAAGAAGCUGCGUGAGGGGCUACAGAAGGCCUCCGAGCUGUUGCGGGAGUCGGGGAUUGGGGAGACGCCCGGUUCAGCAGGGGCGAAGAAGCGGGGUGAGGGGAAGGAGGGAGGCGAGGGGCAGUCGAUGGGAGGACGAGGGGACUCCGACGCACUUACCAACGAUGUAGUGCGGGGGGUAUCUGCGAGGACCCACGCACCAAACGGGGUCCGGCGGCCCGGGAAGACGGAGGGGAAGAGGAAGGGGGAAGGGCAGGAAGCAGAGGCUGGUGCUGGGGGGAAGCCUGCGGCUAAGAAAGGUAAACGGAAAGGAGCCCCUUUCGCAACGCCCCCAGCAGCAGACGGAAGGAAGGGCGGGGCAGCGGCCGCGUACCCGGGGACUCCAGGGGCCGACUGGAGGACGGAGUUCGCGGACGAGCCGCUGGCCGCCAUGUUGAAGUCGCCGGACCCCGUCACCUCGCCCUGGAACCUGUCUUUAAACCAUGCUCGCGCGUCCCCGGCAGUGUCCUGGGGUUUAGGCUCCGUCCCGGCCGACACGCCUGCUCUUCCGCAGCUCGAGCCGGUGCUUGAUCCUGCGGGCUGGGAUCCGGAAGAGGGUCACGGGUCCGGCGACCAGCAGCCGCAUAAGGCGGGGCAGGAAGGCCGCCGCCCCAAGCGGCCUCACUUGGACGACACCCUCACUGCGGAUGGCUGUGCUCGCACGUCCAUCAACGGAACGGAGUGGCGCGAGCGGAACCAGAACGCGUCUCGCGUAGGGAAGACCCUGCCGGCGACCGCGGCAGCCCCCCGCAGCCCUUUGGCGCAGGUCGCCGAGGUGCCGGCUGCGGCUGGCGUGGGGCCCCGGCAGCCGACGGCGCGGCUGCACCGCAAGACGCAGCGCGAGCUGGCGGCGAGCGCGGAGGGCGUGGCGGCGCUGAAGCUGAGCCAGCUCAAGUCGCGCAAGAAGAAGCUCAAGUUCGUGCGGAGCAAGAUCCACGACUGGGGCAUCGUCACGGAUGAGGCCAUCGAGGCGGAGGACUUCGUCAUCGAGUACAUCGGACAGGUCAUCCGCAGGCCGGUGUCCGAACUGCGCGAGCAGCGGUAUGAGAAGCUAGGGAUCGGUAGCAGCUACCUCUUCCGAAUCGACGACGAUAAUGUGAUCGACGCCACGAAAAUGGGGGGCGCAGCGCGCUUCAUCAACCAUUGCUGCGAUCCCAACUGCUACACCAAGGUGAUCUGGGUGGAGGGGCAGAAGAAGAUCGUCAUCUACUCCAAGCGGCGGAUCGAGCCGGGGGAGGAGCUCACGUACGACUACAAGUUUCCGUUUGAAAACGUGAAGAUUCCCUGCAAUUGCGGCGCAGCAAAGUGUCGAAAGACUCUCAAUUGAUCGUUCGAGAGGAGCCGACUGAGAGACGCAACCUGCCUCGGCUCUGACCAAGUCCCCAGCCGUUUCGUCAGGCUGUUACCAUCAGCAGCUGCUUGUGGGUAGAGACGGAAAAGAGAGCGGACUCGAAACCAUGUUCAAGCACCAUACGGAGUUGACGAC